UGUCCUUUCAUCAUUUAUUAGUAGUUUAACAAUCACUUCCGUCGGCAUCUACAGUGGCGGAAUUUCCGCUACACAUGUUUCACUCGUCAUCCGCGGCUUGCUGCGUCAAUCUUUAGUCGAUCUGGUACACGAUCACGUACCAUCCAGCGCUUCGCGAUUCGAAAGCUUGGCGCUCAGCCUCUGCCGAACCGUGACCUGUGAAUACAGAACAGGGAGAUCUCUCCUCUCAGGCCACCUCACGUCGACAUCAUCUAUCGCUCUAUGAGCUCCAGCACAUUAUCGCAUUUGCGCACCACACCGCGGACCCGAUUCCCGUGCAUAUCCAACCUGGCGGCCCUCUCGCUCGCCGCGCAUUCACGUCCGGCACCUCCGCAUCAUAGCAGAAGCCGAGCAACGAGCGUCACAGCGCUCCACAUAUCAGCACAAUGGCGGCGCGAAAACUACAACAAGAGAUCGACAAGGAAUUCAAACGAGUCGCAGAAGGAGUCGGCAUAUUUGACGGUCUCUACGAGAAGCUCGUACAAGCCAGCAAUGCUUCCCAGAAGGAGAAAUUGGAGGACUCCCUCAAGAAGGAGAUCAAAAAGCUGCAGCGCUCAAGAGACAAGAUCAAGGGUUGGGCAAGUCAGAAUGACAUCAAAGACAAGAAGCCUCUAUUAGACCAGCGGAAACUGAUCGAGACGCGCAUGGAGAUGUUCAAAGCUGUGGAAAAAGAAAUGAAGACCAAGGCCUUUUCCAAGGAGGGAUUAUCAGCAGCCGCCAAACUGGAUCCGAAGGAAAAGGAGAAAAUGGAAAUGUGCCAGUUCAUUUCUGACAUGGUGGAUGAGAUCGGAAGGCAACUGGAGAGCAACGAGGCUGAGACAGAGACACUGCAGGCUGGGCUCAAGAGAGGCAAGAAAGAUACCGCUAAGGGCGAGCGAUUAACAGACCUAGAAAAGUCGGCAGAUCAACACAAGUGGCACAUGACCAAACUGGAGGUCUUGCUUCGAUCGCUGGAGAACGGCAGCGUUGAGGUGGAUCAGGUGAAGGACAUUGAAGACGGCAUCAAAUAUUACGUUGAAAACAAUUCCGAAGCCGAUUUUGUAGAGGACGAUUCUCUGUAUGACGACCUGAAUCUGGAAGAGGAAGAGGACAUGUUCGGCGUCAACAACGACAACGACAAAGGCUCAAGUCAGGACGCGCAAAGUAUACAUGACGAUCCACCUGACGACAACCCGCGAACGAAUAUUACGAGUGGGCCAAAAGGCAAGCAAGUGGCAACAGAGGCGCCCACCACUGGUAGGCGGCCUAGUGUGCAGCUCAAGUCGCCUCUGCCUGCUCUUUCGACCUUACACGCCAGCUUGCCCGGCAAUGUCAAUGGCAAGCAAUCUGAGACGAUGAAGCCUGCGCCAUUACCAACAAUACCGACGGGACAGCCUUUGAAAUACGCAUCUGCAGCAGCCGCUGCGGCUGCCAGCGACAAGAGUGGUGUGGGAAUUUCUCCAUUGCCUCCACCACCUGGGAGCGGCAAAUCACUGGACACAGCAUCGCCUGCGAUCACGGCUGCACAGCCAGUCAUUCCGGCGCCUUCGCCAGCGGCUGAGGCGCAACAGACAAGGCAUUCGGAACCAGCGGCGAAACGAGCGACACCUGCACCAAGGGAAGAGCCCAAACCUGUGGAACCAUCAGAACCGACACCACCGGCAUCGCAACCUGCCAAGUCCACGUUGACGGCGACCGCAUCAACAACAGCUGCGCAACCUCAGGAGUCAAGUUCAACAAAGGGGCUACAACCUCCGUCGCCUGAUUCGGGCAUUGCCGGAAUUGCUUUGUCACAAGGGGAUCCAUCACACGAGGAGGAAGAGGAAAGCAUAUAUCAUCUGCCCUCUUCUCUUAGUGAUCUGCUGGAGUCGUUUGAGGAGACGAAACAACGAGCAAAGUCAGAUCAGCCCUUCGAUUUGGGCAUGCUGAAUGCAUCGCGAUUGACCUGCCCGACACCGCUCGACGCGGAGAAGCCGAAUCACUACCAGCCUCAAAAUCCGUAUGCAUAUACUCCGGCGCACUACCCGCAGGAACCAUUGCCAAUCUUCGACGAUCCGAGAUUGUACAGUCGAAUCGAUACCGACAGCCUUUUCUACGCUUUCUACUAUCGGCAAGGAACAUAUCAGCAAUAUCUUGCCGCCAAGGCACUGAAAAGCCAGAGCUGGCGUUUCCACAAGCAGUAUCAAACGUGGUUCCAACGGCACGAAGAACCUAAGAAUAUCACCGAGGAAUUCGAGCAAGGUACAUAUCGAUUUUUCGAUUACGAGAGCACAUGGAUGAACCGAAGAAAGGCAGAUUUCAAGUUCGCGUACAAGUUCCUCGAAGAUGACAUUUGAGGAAGAGAUUGACCUAUACUCUGCGUCUCCCGGCUCGCGGACCGUUCACCUCAAUCCACGGUAGUCCCAGCCAGCGUACGCUCGCUUUUUGAUAUAGUCCAUCGAAUACAAUUCAACUGAGGUCCUCCGGCCACCAGAUUGGAACACUUGUUGCCCCUUAUCAGUGAUCUUCGUCUGGUCCCACUUAGUCUUGAUCAGGUAUAGCUUUGGCGUGUGACGUGACUGGGCUUGGUCACGACGUCAACGGUACUCGCACGUGACUUAUGAGGGUACGGGUUACGACAUUAAUUACAGUGUACAGCAUCUAUCUUUGAC